AUGCUACUUAACCGCAACGAGAACGCACAUCAGGAACUCAUGCGCAAGUCAAUCCAGAGCUGGAUUUCGGACCCGGAUGCCAGGCUCUUGAAAGCAACCGACGCCAACGACCAAGUAAUAGGUUGGUCUUGUUGGAUAACCAAAGAAGCGCAACAGAGUGAGACGACUACCGGCACAGAAUCAAAACCGGAAAAUGAAACUGUACGCGAGGGUGCGGCUCCCGAGGAACUUUCAAAGCGGAAAGCAGAGCCACCUCAAGACCCAGCGCGAGCUCUCGGCGGACUCAUGUUCAAAGAUAGAGUCGCCUGGGAGGAAAAGUAUCUCAAGGGGAAAAGGUAUGCGGUAUUGCAGGGCCUUGCUACGGAUCCGCUUUACCAACGUCGGGGCAUCGGAACCAAACUGGUUCAACAGGGUCUCGAAGAGAUCGAUGCCGAGGGCCUCCCAUGCUGGAUUCACGCGUCGCCUUCGAGUUACAAGUUGUAUGAGAAGGCUGGCUUUCAGGAAGUCGGUAGGAAUGAUUACGACCUUGAUGAGUGGGCACCUGGAGGUAAGAAUGGGAACCGAGGAUGGGGCAGAUACACGUUUAGACACAUGCUUCGACCUGCCAGAACCGCGACUAUAUAG